AACAGCUGUUUGCUUGAAUUUCUGUUAUCAAAAUUAUUAAAAAAUCAGAAAAUUGUAUAAAAAAGUAAUUUAAUUUAUUUAAAAUAAAAUAAUAGACAUAAAAACACCUAAAUAAAUGGCUGAGGCUGCCAAUGUUCGUCAAAAUUUACAAAAUGUACCCUCUAUAUUUGAAAUAUCUGCCGCUGAAACCUUGGACAAUCUUAUCUAUCCGGCCCUAAGUAAAAUCUUUGAUUAUUUUGGUCUACGUUUGGACUUUACGCUGUGGCCAACAAAACGCAUUAAAGAAGAACUAUCACCCUUAUUUACCUGGUUUUUACAAUAUUUAUAUUUAAGCAAAAGAGGUUCAUCGUUUGGUGAAAGUUUUUAUGGUCUACAGAGAACCGAUACCUUAAGUGGUAAUCUUCUUUCCAAACAGCAAGAAAUAAUUUCCGCUUCUAUUUUAACAUUAAUGCCCUAUAUUGAAAGAAAACUAAAGACAAGGGCUCAACAUGCGGACAUUUCCAAAUGGGAGGAAUAUUUAUUGAAUUUAUUUCAUGCCUAUAAAGCUUCCAAAGCAGUGCAUACUUUUAUGUAUUUGAUUAAAUAUGCCUCUAGUCAUUCACCCAUUUUUCGUGCCCUUAAACUAACACUACGCUAUCCUAACGAACCACCCAAAGAAGAUAAAACUACUUAUGUUUUCUUAAAGUUAUUAGAAGUUUUGGCAUUUUUCCUACAAUUUAUACAAUGGUGGUAUUCAAAUGAUCAGAGACGUAAGGUGGGUGGUACCUUGGAAAAUCCCGAGCCUUUAACUCUCACGGAGGAUAGUCUUAAGAAAUGUAAUACACCAGCUGGUGAUUGUCCUGUUUGUUUGAUGAAAAUUGAAAAUCCUACAGCAUGUUCGGUGUCUGGUUAUGUGUAUUGUUGGAAAUGCAUAGCAUUGCGUUUAAAGGAACAUUCCUCAACUUGUCCUGUAACUGGUUAUGCCAUAACUAUAGAGGAUUUAAUAAGAAUUUACGAAUCGUAGUUGUGUUAUUAGUUUGCUAAGUUUUUAAGAGUCUAUAGUGAUUUUGGUUUAGGGUUUAAAAAAACUAAUGAUGCAUUUUUUGUAAUAAAAUUAAACUAUAAUUGUUAAUAAUUUUUUAAUAAAAA